AGUCGCUCUCAGACCAUGGGAACAAAACACACUCACAACCAUGCAGUCCAGCAGGCCAGCUUCCUGCUCAGAGCAGCUCUGCUCUCUGUCCUGCUGUGCUGCCCGAUGGCACGUAGCAUCAGAUUCAGAUGAGGUGGUCUUGACUGAGUGGGACAUCUGGAAGAGCAGCCAUGGCAUAAGCUACGAUGAAAUGGAUGAUAUGCAAAGGAGGGCCAUCUGGGAGGAGAACAAGCGGAUGAUUGAAGACAAUAAUCAAGGGUUUUUUAUGGGGAUGAGGCCCUUCACUAUGGCUAUGAAUAAAUAUGGAGACCUGACAAGACAAGAAUACCAGUUUUUGCAAGGUGCCAUGAUAGACGCCCAGUUUGUAAAGAGAGGGAAGACUGUCUCUGCUCGAAGGCUGCAUAACAACGCCAAGAAGUUAGAUGCUUGGUUUGUUGACUACAGGAACCUGGGUUAUGUCACUGAGGUGAAAGAUCAGGGUUACUGUGGCUCAUGCUGGGCCUUCAGCACUACAGGGGCUAUUGAGGGACAGAUAUAUAAGAGGACAGGUCAGCUUGUAUCCUUGAGUGAGCAAAACUUGGUGGACUGCUCCAGAUCAUAUGGUACCUAUGGCUGCAAUGGUGCCUGGAUGGCCAAUGCCUACGAUUAUGUGGUGAACAACGGGCUGCAGUCGACAAGCACCUAUCCAUACACCUCAGUGGAUACCCAGCCCUGUUAUUACGACAGCAGGCUCGCAGUUGCUCACAUUAAGGACUACAGGUUCAUACCCAAAGGAGAUGAACAGGCUCUGGCUGAUGCUGUGGCAACUAUUGGUCCAAUCACGGUGGCCAUUGAUGCAGAUCAUUCAAGCUUCCUGUUCUACAGCUCAGGAAUCUAUGAUGAGCCCAGCUGUAACCCCAACAAUCUGAGUCAUGCGGUGCUGCUGGUUGGCUAUGGCUCUGAAGGUGGCCAAGACUACUGGAUCAUCAAAAACAGCUGGGGUACCAGUUGGGGUGAAGGCGGCUACAUGCGAAUGAUCCGGGAUGGCAGAAACACUUGUGGCAUUGCGAGCUAUGCCCUGUACCCUAUUCUAUGAUUCUGAUAAGAUGCUUCAGAGUCAGAUGUUAAUGCUAAACUCUUCCACUGGCCUGUCAGUGGAACAACAUAGGUCACUGCUCAUACAGCUAAUACCUUCUCUUAACUACUCCUGUCAUCCAUAUUUUCUAAAAUUCCUGCUGAACCUUUCUGACACUGAAGAUGUUUUGUGGGAAGACCCACAUCAGCCUGUUAUAGUUAACACAUUGCUUCUCUCAGGGACUUUUUUCAAUUCAAUUCAAUUCAUUUUUUAAAAUUCAAUUUCCUUUGAAAUGUUUUUUGACAUGUCAAACUCACCAAAUAUAGAACAUUUAGAUAUUAAAGCAAAACUAUGGGCAACUUUGGAUGGAAUAAACUUUGGACAGAGGUAAUAACAAAUUCUUCCAUGUACAAAUAUUAAAUUCAAUUUAUGCAUAAUAAUAUACAAAUUUAAAUUAGCUACUUUUGCUACAUUUUAUAUAUAACCAAUGAAAUAGCCAAUUUUGUUUAUGGUUGGCAAACUUCUUGUAGUGUAGAACAGACAUUACUGAGUGAGCUCACUGAUUUUAUGACUUUACAGUUGUGCUACUGUUACAGUAGCUUAGCAUUUUAGUUAAAUGCUUAACUGUUCAGUAUUUAGCAUUAUCCCAUAAAGGUCUGCUUAUUUCAGCAUUAGAAACAGCAGAAUUUUUACAACAGAAAUCAAUUAAUUUCAGGUGAACUGGUGCGAUCAGUGAAUUUUCUUGCAGGAAUAAGAGCAAAUCAGGUAUUUAACCUCCUCUGUCAUAAAAAAGUCUCCACAAAAGAGCCAUGGUUUGCUUACAGUUAUGAGAGAGGAGUCAAUGGUACAAGCUGAAUAAACUCUGUAGACGUUAGCAACCAAGCUCUUCAAUAAAACACUUAACUGAAUGAAAUGAUGAACAAUCCUGAAGACAAAAUGCAACUGGGGAGUAAAUGGCUCAGUACACUGAAAAUAGAAAGAAGCUAACUGUUGUCACAGACUGGUGCUAGCAUAUUUCAGACUGGAUAGUGUGUUAGCACUUAACUCACCAAGCUUCCAGUACCAAAUAGUUAAACGUCUGGAUACAUUUUGUUGUGCCACUCUCUAGUGUGACCAGUCUUGCUUUAACAAAGGAGUAAUAAUUAUUCAUUACCAUUAUACAAACCAAUUGAUUGAAGAGACUGAGUGACUGUAAAUAAAGUAAAUCAAAUCUCUCACUGUUAGUAAGCAAUGUUAACCACUGGUUGGUUUUCAUGAUAUAUCUUCAGACUGCAAUUUAUUUUUUAUGGGGGUUAAAAUAACCAGAUAAUAAGUGAUUACAUAAUAUGAAAUGAGGGGGAGGGAUGGAGAGAAUGUAGUGUUGGGGACAAACAUUAAAGAUUUAAAUCUGGGCCUGGCAGCCUAACUCUGUGUCAGGCUUAAAAAUGUGGGGACAGAGUAAAAUGGUCUGUAUUUUCAAUGCAAGUAAAUGUGUCAGUUUUUUACAACAUGAACAAUAUUUUUAUCAGUUACUUGAUAAUGGAUCAACUGAAAUGCUUCAGCUUAUGAACUGACUGAUAAUAAAGUG